UCAUGUCACGGAUGUGCCCAAUCCUAUUCUUCGAAGGCGUGGCGAACUAGAAACGCCGCAUCGUAACCGGAGUGACGGAAAGGAACAAAUAACGGCGCUGCAGCAAAGCGGCGCACGGAACAGCGUGAAUGAGGAUUUGUUCAACCUGAUGGAAGUGGAUUAGAGAGAUCCGGUGUGAAUACAGGAGUAAAAAUGACCAGUAUACUGCAUGCAGCGUCUAAGGUGAAAUGGAAUAAGAGCGCAGCGGCCAGGCGAGCUGUGUUUCUCGCGGCUGCUGCAUAUGGAUUAAAAACCCUUUACCCCAUCAUCUACAAACGGAUCGGUAAACGCACAGAGCCCAAAAGCACAGCUAACGGAAACCGUGAGCAGAAUGGACUAGUGUUGACGCAUAGAUCCAUAUUAGAAAGCGUUUCCGGUCCAGAUGACCAUCACAGACCGCCUGGCGUGGACGCGCGCUUCUUUAGACAGAUCCUCGAUGUUCUCAGAAUAAUAUUUCCGAAGCUCGCGACCCGAGAACUGGCCUUGCUCUGCUUACACUCGGCGGCUCUUGUAUCGCGGACAUUUCUGUCAAUCUAUGUGGCCGGCUUGGAUGGCAAAAUUGUCAAGAGCAUCGUGGAGAAACGGCCGCGCAGCUUCAUCGUCAAGCUCAUGAAGUGGCUGCUUGUUGCCGUUCCUGCUACAUUCGUAAACAGCGCGAUCCGCUACCUGGAGGGGAAGCUUGCACUGGCCUUGCGCACGCGCCUGGUGGAACGCGCCUAUGCGACCUACUUCACCGGGCAGACGUACUACCGUGUGGCGAACAUGGACGCGAGGCUGGCCAAUCCAGACCACUCUCUCACGGAGGACGUAGCGAUGUUUGCGCAGUCUGUCGCGCGCCUGUACUCCAACCUCACCAAGCCAGUGCUAGAUGUGGUCCUGACCUCGUACACGCUCAUCCAGACCGCGAGGUCGCGCGGUGCAGGGGCCACAGGGCCCACGCUGCUAGCCGGGCUCGUGGUGUUCAUCACUGCCAAAGUGCUGCGCUGGUGUUCCCCGACGUUCGGCCAGCUCGUGGCUGAGGAGGCGCGCAGGAAGGGGCACCUGCGUCACGCCCACUCAAGGAUCAUCGCUCAAGCAGAGGAGAUUGCCUUCUACGGAGGGCACAAGGUAGAGAUGCUGCAGCUGCAGAAGUGCUACAAGGCUCUUGCUGAGCAGAUGAAUCUGAUCCUGUCCAAGCGUCUAUGGUACAUCAUGGUCGAACAGUUUCUCAUGAAAUACGUUUGGAGUGGAUGUGGACUUGUUAUGGUGGCUGUCCCUAUUAUCACUGCCACCGGUUUUGCUGACAACGAACUUGCAGAUGGCCAAACACAAGUGUUAGUGAGCGAGAGGACAGAAGCCUUCACGACUGCACGCAAUCUUCUAGCCUCAGGGGCAGAUGCCAUUGAGAGGAUCAUGUCCUCCUACAAAGAGGUCACUGAGCUGGCCGGAUACACGGCCCGUGUUCACAACAUGUUCCUGGUGUUUGAGGAGGUGCAGAGAGGUGUGUAUAAGCGUCCACUGGUCUCUGCAACUGCAGCAGCUGGAGAGAAUGGGGGUGGCAAGCCUGAGCUUCACAUUGAUGGUCCACUAGAGAUCACAGGAAAUGUGAUUGAUGUGGAUAAGGGUAUAGUGUGUGAGAGUGUUCCCAUCAUCACUCCAAACGGGGAUGUUGUUGUGUCCAGCCUGAACUUUAAGGUAGACGAGGGUAUGCACCUGCUGAUCACAGGACCUAAUGGCUGUGGGAAAAGCUCUCUCUUCCGUAUCCUCAGUGGUCUCUGGCCUGUGUACAGUGGCAUGUUGCACAAACCUGCUCCGCAACACAUGUUCUAUAUCCCACAAAGGCCUUACAUGUCUAUUGGGACACUGCGUGAUCAGGUGACGUACCCUGACUCUGUGGAGGACAUGCAUGAAAAAGGUUAUAGAGACAAAGACCUAGAAGACAUUCUGGAUAUUGUCAACCUCAAACACAUCGUUACCCGAGAAGGAGGUUGGGAAGCAGAGGUGGACUGGAAAGAUGUGCUCUCAGGAGGAGAGAAGCAGCGGAUGGGCAUGGCUCGGAUGUUCUACCACAAGCCCAAAUAUGCCCUGCUAGAUGAGUGCACAAGUGCUGUUAGUAUUGACGUGGAGGGUAAAAUAUUCCAGGCUGCAAAGGAUGCUGGGAUCUCCUUGCUGUCUAUUACACAUAGGCCCUCUCUGUGGAAGUACCACACACACCUUCUGCAGUUUGACGGUGAGGGAGGUUGGCGAUUCGAGCAGUUGGAUACAGCUACCCGGCUCUCUCUCACUGAGGAGAAACAGCGUCUGGAGUCUCAGCUCGCCGGCAUUCCCAAGAUGCAACAGAGACUGAAUGAACUGUGUAAGAUUCUGGGUGAGGACUCUGUGCUGAAGACAAAUGAGUCCAAUGAUGGGGAAUAAGAGACAGGGAGCUAGAGUUACAGCAUACGCACACUGCACGCCAGACAAUAGUAACUCGCAAAAAGUCCCAACUCCCAAAGUGUGAGUUAGGUUCUGCCACUCACUAUCCCAUAAUUCCUUCCAUAUUUAUUCACUACUCCAAAUUGACAAAUGAAUGGGAGGAAAAUUUCAGUAAGCACAUAUUUUUAAACCAUCCUUAAUACUACCUGCAGUUCCUGCAGUGAUUUUUAAAGUUUGUUGCUUUUGAAAAAAAUGCCAUUUUAUUAUCUUCUUUUCCCAUAUGGAAAAUCUCGAAUGUCUUAGCUAUGCUUUAUCUCAGAGUUCAGAGAUCAUUUCAGCUAAGCUGUUUGUAAUUAUAUGUUAGCAGUAUAAUUUGCUGAUUCAGACAAUAGGAUUGAUUGUAACAUAUUUGUGACUUUUUAUUGUUGUACAUGUCAUACCGUGACGAUGACAUCUAUCUCUGCUUCUUUUUGGAAAUAUCUGUUCCUUCUUAUUGUUUUGUUCUUUCUAGUGACUUAACUGUGACUUAACCCUUAACAGCUGAUUUCUCACCCUUAAAUAUGAAGUCUAGUUUAAUAUUUGUUUAGUAAUAGUUAUUUUGUGACUAAUUGGUGCUAUAAUUUAUCAUUUGCUUUUGUCAGUGACUCGUUCAAUUAGUAAGCAUCUUUCAGUAUCAGCAAUUGAACUUUGAGCUUUUGUGUUUUGUGACGUGACAGAAGAGACCUUGUUUCAAAUAUUCUUACAUUCAUCUUCAGUAACAAUUUUAUCCUGGUCAGGGGUGUUAUGGAUCUCGGGGACACAGUGGAUGCAGCAGAAACACACUAUGGGACACUAGUCCAAUGCAGGGCACCAUGCACACACAUAUAUUCACACCUAAAGGGAAAUUUAUUAUAGCCGGUCUACCUACAAGCUUGUUUUUGUUGUAUGGGAGGAAACAGGAGAACCCAGGUUAACUCCACCAAUCAUUCUGAGUGACUCUAGCUCACGAUCAAACUGGCAACCUUGGACCUGUGAGUCAGCAUCACAGUGCUGCUCCACUGUGCUGCACAAUCAUCAUAUAUAUAUAUAUAUACGCACACAAUGCAUAUAUGAGCUACUAGGCUGUUGAUAUGAUCUUUUCAUUGUGCUGCUUUUUGGAAUCUGUACCCCAGCAUGACAGGGAUGGAGAACUUCCAUGGCCAGCUCUGGCACUGAUACCCCAGAACAUGUAUAAUUUACACAGGUAAAUGGUGUGACAUGGUUAAGAUGAAUCCAUAAGCACUUUGGCAAUAACCCAGAAGACAAGAUGGUUCUUUUACUUUUAGUGUUUUCCUGACAACAAGCCUGAUCCUGCCAAAAUUUAUGUUUUGAUUUAUCCUCUGCUUUGGUGUAAAUGUUGCAGGGCCGAGAAAAAAAAUGUGUCUUAUAUUCUGGACAAUCUGAUAAAUAAUAGACUGCAGGCUGAUUAUGGCCAUUUUGUGCCCUUAGUUCAGGAAUUAUAGGCUUCUGUCACCCAUUCAUUUUUAGCCCAGACAGAACUUUAUAAUAUUAAGGUUAUAUAUUUUUUUUGUUGUUAUUGUUGAUGUUGUUUUUUUUUACAGUUCUCCCAAAACGCGCAAUCAUGUCUGUCUCCAGAUGGACUAAUAUACUGUGAAUUUUGUCAAUGCUGAUUUGAUGAUUGCCUGUCAGUGACUUAUGAGCAAAUGCAUUUUAAUGCAUUGCUCUCAAGCUUGACAUUAUGUGGUUUGACUUUAAUAGCCUUGAUUAUAUACUGUACAAAUGUUUUCUGCUUUGCAAACUCAAGUUCAGGAAGUUUAGAUGCUAUUUUCUUUACUGAAUAAUUGUUUCUGGUAUAUGAAACAUUCUGGAUACCAGAUACUUUGGCAUUAGAGAUUAUUUUUAUUUCUUUAUUUCUGCUUUCAGUAUCUGUAUCAGGGCCUGUGUCAUUUUCUUCAGUAGGACUUAAUAUUUACAUAACAUUGAUUUCAAAUGUGUAAUUCUGGAACUGUAAAUAGACAGGAUUUUAUAUGUUUGAAACUUAUGUGGUCUCAUAUAUUUUGACUGGCUUAUAUUUUGCCAAUACAGACGUAUCAGAGAUGUUUUUCUGAUGUGAUGAAUUUACAAUUUACUAUAAUGAUUGGUGCCUGGAUACAUGUCAGCAUGUUUUUGCAAAGUCUUUUUAAGGCCAGUUCUGAUUAUUAAUUAUUUUUAUUCCUGAAAAAUUCAAAUAUAUCCUGUUAGGAAUAUAACUUGGAAUGGACAUACUGUCAUUUUGCAUGUCAUAAUACAUCCAUCUUUUGUCUAACGUGGAGGACUAUGUAAGGUUUGAAACAUUGCCUGUUACGUAUCUAAACAAAGAA